AUGGUCUCUAUUGAGCAUAAAGAUGUGGAGUCAUUGAUUGGCACUGGUUGUAAUUUUAGUUAUGUACCGUUAGCUGGACUAUCAGGAGGCAUACUUGUACUUUGGAGGAGCAACCUUGCAAAUUUCAGCAUGAUAGAGUCUUCUUCUCAAUUCAUUAUUGGUGAUUUGGAUAUACUUAACAAGGGGAAAUGGAGGAUAGCUACAAUUUAUGGUAGCAAAGAUGUUUAUAAUAGAAGACUACUUUGUAAUGGGUUGGAACCUCAUAUCACCAAUGAUUGUAUUAUGGUGAUCGGUGGAGACUUCAAUUGCCUAUUGGAUAAAGAAGACAAGAAGGGUGGUAGGAGAUUUUCAUUUUCUUUCGGACCUAAAGAAAUGAAAUAUUUCAUGACAUCUAAUGAUAUUUAUGAGCUAGGAUUCAGUGGUCAUAGGCUAACCUGGAGUAACAACAAGAAAGGUUCAGAUCAAAUAAUGGAAAGACUAGAUCGAAUGAUGGUCAAUUCAAUUUCUGUGAACUAUAAUCAGCAAAUGGUGGUAAAGCAUCUUCCCAGAAUUGUGUCGGAUCAUUGUCCCAUCCUCCUUAACACUUUAAAAUCUUCAUCUAAAGUUAAAAAAUCUAUCAAAUUUGAGGAUGUUUGGGCAUCAUACCCGGCAUCAUAUGCAGUGGUGGAGAAAGCAUGA